CUCUGCCCUCCCUCUCCCACUGCUGCUGCGUGUGUGCGCCGUCCUGAGACGUCGCGGGCUAACGCGAAGCUUAUCUGCAGCUAUCAGACGUCCAACGCCUUCACGGACUCGAGCUCCAUCAGCUCGCCCUCCAGCGCCGCCUCGUCGUCGCUCGCUUACACCAACUACCCUCACUGCACCACCAGCAUUCCCACCUUCGCCGGCCCUGUGCAACAUCCCCAGGCGUUCGCGCAACACCCCUCGUAUGCCAGCAAGCGGGAACUGCCAAAUAUUGGCACUGGUAUGCCGCCGCCUGCCAACCCGAUCCGAUCGUCCUUCUCCAGCUCAGCAGCCGACCGCGACGCUUACCCCCAUUCGACUCCUUACCUAGCUCGAUCGCAGCUCUCGCCCGGCUCCACGCCUGCUUACCCAUCCUUCGCAGACACCCCCAGGAGCGGUCUUGGACUCAACAGCCUGUCACUGUCCAACACCGCCUAUGCUCCUGGUACGAUGGCCUCAUCACCGACGUACGGCGGCCAACAGCAUGAGUGCGGCAACUUCCCGUGGCCGACGCUCGAGAUACAUGCCGAGAUGACCUGCGAAGGCCAGUCAGUCACACCCGAGGUCCACGCCAAAGUCGAAAAGGGCUUCUUCCUUUCCAACGUCGACUCAAAGUGGACGUGCUACAGACGGAACUACUUCUCCGUACAAUGUAGCUUCGAGUUGCACCCGAACAUCAACAAUGGCCGCAUGCACCUCAAACGAACGAAUAACAAGCACACCGAGGCCAUCCAGGCCAUGGGUAUGCGACUGUCUGCCGCCGUAGAUGGCUCCGGGGGUAAGGCCAUCGAGUUAGUUCAGCACACCCCGAAGCGCGACAAUGGGCCAAAGAACAAGAUCGACGUCACCAAGGUUCUUCCGCACCCAUCGGCGAACCGGAACGACCAUAGCGUGACGGCACAUGGUGUGUAUGGUAUGUCCACUUACCAUACCACGGGUCAAGUGACUGGUCCAUUCUUGCCAUUGCAAAGUACUGGAGCCGACACUGCAUCGGCUCCCGCGCAAGCGUCAAGCUUGACCGCCACGUCGUACGGCUACGCAGGCGGAUCAACACAUCUGCCACUUCCAGGCCAGAACAUCACGCACACAUUCGAGCGAGUUCAAUUCAAGCAGGCCACCGCAAACAAUGGGAAACGCCGCGCAUCACAACAGUAUUUCCAUCUCAUUGUCGAGCUCUUCGCCGAUGUUCGGCCAGAUGGAGCCAGCGAUCCGACCUGGGUGAAGGUUGCGCAUCGCGUCAGUGAGAAGAUCGUAGUUCGCGGUCGCAGCCCUAGCCACUACCAAAACGAAGGCCAUCAUCAAAAUGGCCGCAGUGGCAGCACAAGUGGCGGCAGUGGGCAUGGUGCAGGAGGUACCUCUACCUUUGGAAAUCUGACAACAGGAGCAUUCCGCCAGUCGACAACUUCAUACGCCGGCGGCCUGAGUGGCUCAAAUUACCGCUCGUAUGCUUAUGGUUAUCAGGCGUCGCCGGAACAUUCCAGCAGCGCCUCGAGCAUCGAUGGCGGUGCUGACAACGAAUAUCAAGCCGAUUCUGUCAUGUCCGACGCAGAGAGAAAUGACAUUCAGACCCACGAAGGCUACCGCUACUACCCGGGUCCACUAUACGAAGGCGUACAACCAGGCCUUCCUCUGCCCAAGAUUGAGAGCGCUGCCCGGUACUCCACUGAGCCUUCACAGUGGGCAGUCAAAUACGAGUCGUCCGAUGCCUUACCUGGAGCAUCUUGGGCACAGCCUGUCGGCGGCAUCGGAAGAUUCCAGGGCGUCGAGUCAAGUCGUGGAUACUACUCGGAUCAGCUCGCCGCCGCAUACUCCUGAGGGAAGCAUCACAUGACUGGCACUAUCUUCUGGUGCAUCUGCUUCGGACCACGCAAGACACUUCUUUUCUUAUGUUCGCAUGUGCUGCGUUCGUCACAAACCCACCAAUUGUGUCAAAUAGUGCUGGCGCUGGACGCACUUGGUAUGUGUCGCUCAACACAGCGACACCGUGCCCGUUGUUGCUUCUUUUGCGCGACUUGAGUUCACUUCUUCACAAUACCCCUUGUUGGCGAGGAGCCUCAAGCAUCUUUUAAUGACAGGGACAUGAGACUGAGAUAACACGAUCACUAUUCAGAAAUUGCGUCGAGCGUUUCAGCGACGGGUUGUUUUCAAGAGGAGGUUCAAGGGCCCAAGCAAGCUCGCACAGGAGUCCUACGGCGUAUACGGCAAGCAUGGUUGAACAGGACGCAAAAUGAUGGCCACAGAACAUAAUGUGGCUACUUGGUUUUCUUUUUUCUUUUCCUACGAUGUAACGAGGUUCGAGAUGGAUAUCGACAGCAACAGCAACAGACAACAGGGUGUUAUUGAGGGAUAGAGCAUGGAGCAUGGUUCUGGAUUGCAUGACAGAAUGAUAACGAGACCGAGAGAGAGGAGCUAGUGAGAGAUUAUUGCGCAAGAAGUGAUGCGAGAUGAAUCAGAUGAAAUGCGAGUCAAGCACAGCGGAACAGAUGGAACAACGAGCUGCCUGCUUGGUGGCGGCUCUGAAUUACCGGCUAAUGUUGAACGAGAUUCGUGACGAGAGGGUGGCCUGAUUGUAUACUGGGGGCGGCUGGAUGAAUUAGUUAGCUCUCUCUCUUCAGCCCCUAGCGUUUUUGCGUGCUUGACUGAAAUGCAGGAGGCCCCUUACCUCAACUUCAGACCUCAACGG